ACGUAGGAUGUACAGCUGCUUCUCUGGAUCAGCAUUGCUUAUAUUACCCUGAUUAUAGUAUAUAAUGCUGACGCGGUUGCAUUUGUUUGAAGUAAACGAAGCCCUAUAUAAACACACCCACGGCACAGAUGGUGAAAAACAACACUUCUCCACAGCACAUCGUUUGUUCCGGCAUAAGUUAACCGCGUGCGGUGCGGUGUGGUGGUGUGCAGGGCGGAGCAGUCGGCGUCACCAUGUCGAGGCCGAGGUUGGACGGCAAGGUGGCCAUCGUGACGGGCGGCGCGAGCGGCAUCGGCGAGGCGGCCGCGCGGCUCUUCGCGGCCAGCGGCGCCACGGUGGUCAUCGCGGACAUCCAGGACGCGCUGGGCGAGGCGGUCGCGGCCUCCAUCGCGGAGUCCGGCGCGUGCUGCACGUACGCGCGGUGCGACGUGACGGACGAGGCCCAGGUGGAGGCCACGGUGGCGGCGGCCGUCGCGGCGCACGGCCGGCUCGACGUCAUGCUCAGCAACGCCGGCGUGCUGCUCCCGACGGGCCCCGUCACGGACAUGGACCUGUCCGCGCUGGACCGCGUCAUGGCCGUCAACUUCCGGGGCGCCGCGGCGUGCGUCAAGCACGCGGCCCGCGCCAUGGUGGCGGCCGGCGUCCGGGGCGCCAUCGUGUGCACGGGGAGCGUGGCGUGCGUGCAGGGCGGGUUCGGCCCGGCGUCGUACACGGCGUCCAAGCACGCGCUGCUGGGCCUGGUGCGCGCCGCGGCGGGCGAGCUCGGGCGGCACGGCGUGCGCGUCAACCUCGUGUCGCCCGGCGGAGUGGCGACGCCGCUCAGCUGCGCCGUGGUGGGCGUGGGAGCCGAGGAGAUGGAGGUCAUGACGGAGGCCCACAACGUGCUGCGCGGGAAGGUGCUGCGCGCGGCCGACGUGGCGGAAGCGGCGCUGUUCCUCGCGUCCGACCAGGCCGGCUUCAUCAGCGGCCACAACCUCGUCGUCGACGGCGCCACCACCGCCGUGAACCCCGCCGUGCUGCGCUCUAUCGGGCUGUGAUCUGCGCCGCACGUCCAUCGUCUCAUCAGCUCUCUUGAUCUGUUCAUAGUACUACAGCUACAGCAGCAGUUAAUAUUAGUAAUGUGAUUCCUUGAAAAAUAUAUAAAUGUUGUGACAUGAUGAGAAUUAAUACUUCUUGCGUUAAUUUUGUAU